AUGGCGGCCUCGAAGCUCGAAAUCAAUUUCCGCCGUCUUUUGGAACGCUGCGAAGCGAUGGCCUCAGAAAUCCAGGAGAAUAAAGAAAACGUAAGCUGGAGGUUGGAAAAAGUGAGUUGUAGCAUUCAUCAAAAAAUUGUUUUCUUCUGUUUCCUCUCUAGGAUUUGAACAAAGCUAUCUGGUCGGGUUUGUAACAAUUUUUUCACAGUUUUUAUACUCCAUAUUGCAGUAUGUUUUAACGUUACAGAGGCAAGCUACCGAACUGAAAAAGUCAGAAAGGUUAGUUUUUAAAUGCAGAGAAAUAAGACAAAGGUUAAACGAGCAAUACGUUAAUGUAAAAUACUGCUUUUCAAUAAUAAGGUUAAAACAGCUGAUACAGGUAGUCUUUACUCUGAUGGGUCUUUAUGUCGGGUCGAUUGUAUUUAUUAUUAAUAUUUUAGUCAUCACAAUAGAGCUUUUUUAUUAGUACCUGACCCAGUUCAAUAAAGGAGAAGAAAGUCUUUUCAUAUUAAAGGAAAGAGUUCAACGUCUUGGUAUACCGACAAUGGACAUAGCUAGUUCAUUGUUCAAUUUUGGUACCCCACUAUUGCGGACUGAAGUAUACCUGUAUCGUACAAACGCGCUAUAAUGACAAAUCUAAUUAAUUGAUAUCAACUAAUCUGGCAAUAGAAACCAGACCCAUAUGCACAUUUCUCCUGUUACUGCAUGUGUGUAGUAACCGUUAAACUUUUAUCAAAUAAAAGUGAACGUCUCUUUUACAGUGCAGUAAGUAAGCUCAUCCAUAACCUGGAUUAGACGGGACUCCAGCCUUGAACAUAACUUUUCUUGAUCCUAUCGGCUUCUGUUUGGCGUAAAAACAAGGUGGGGGCCCGCACCCCUCGGCACCUUCCCCUAGAUCCUAGAUCCUGUCUAUCAGUAGCGUAAAGGUAGACAUCUCCCUUUGGUAGAAGGCAGCGUUGGCUGGCCCGAGCUAAAUUUAAGUUGUCUAGCAGUAUACAACAUUCUGAAAGGCAGAUGACUUGUGUCUCUAACGUACUGUAGGCAUCAGUGGUCAGGGAUGUAGAUAAUAGCCGGGAGCCGGGAAAAAUACCUGGUUGUCAACAUAAUUUUUCCAGCUGAAAAAAAUGCAGUCUUUAAAAAGGCAACUGUUUUCUUCUCAUGUUAUCUGCCAAUCAAAUGCCAUUUCCCAUCGGUUAUAAAUUUAAGCUACAUCCCUGGGCCCAGUUGUUCGAAAGGAGGUUAGUGCUAACCUGGGGUUAAAUUUUAACUGGGGUUUCAUUUUCUUUUAAUGAAAAGCACUCACUCGGAUAAUUUUCUCUAUUCUUUUUAAAGUAUCCAAUCAUCAAGUUGUAGGCAAAGUGCAUUAAAUUGAAUUUGCUUUUUAAGCUCUCAUUUCUGAGUUCAAAUUUCGCACUAACCCUGGGUUAUCUAAACCCAGCUUCGAACAACCCGGCCCUGGAGGUUAGCUGAUACCAGCUUCCGAGUUUCACUUUUUGGCACUCUCUAACUAAACUUUCUUCAAUUCAAAGCAAACAUUCGCAUGGUGAAAAAACCUCUAAUAAAGAUACUGGUGGUUGUUUAAUUUUUUGCAUCACCAAUAAGUGUAGCUAGCAUUUCAGGUCAUGCCAGCUCUUAUGAUUAAAAAAGCAUACCUUUUCAAAAACUGGGAAAUCAAAAUAUUUUGGUUCCAUCAGCUUGUCGAGUCACAUGUAAGAUACAUUUUUGGAAAUAAUCAAAACAUUUUAUAUUAAUUAUUUUUUUGUCUUGUUACAGCAAACCAAGUCCAGAUGCAAUGACUGAAUACAGCAAGAAAGUAGAGUUCCUUAAAGGUUUAAUAGAAACACAGAAAAUGGUGAGACAGAUCAAUGUUUUGAAAUCUUAAGAUACGCAUCUGUUGUUGCAUUCAAAUGGGAAAAAUUAUUGUUUAGGAAUAACUAGGAAAUGCUUGUCAUCAGAGAAUAUACAAGUACAAUAAAUUGUAUAUCAUUUGUAUGUUACCGGUAAGUAUUUUACCAUUAGUUGCAUGUAAGUGUGGACACGAGAUAAAAAAAACAUGUUCUAAUAGGGUGCCUGACAUGCCGCUAUAGCAAACUGUCACACCAAAGGUAAUUUGUUUAUAUGUUCUUGAUUGGCGUGGUCUGCUCAUAUUCCAUUUACGUUUACACUUGACUUUCCGUAUAUUGUCUUCUGUUUUAUUUACGUGAGUAAAACUUAUAUGCAUAUGCACGUAAAAAUUAUUUUUUAUCCACCAUCAGUCAUAAGGGGAAAAUCCAGGCACCCUUCAAUUUCUACUGGCUCUGAAACAGCUGAAAAUACCUUGAUAAUUUAGGUUUGUUAGAAGCUCUCACAUUCUCUUUUCCAAGGGUUUGUUCCCUUUAAUUUUCUAUUGCAGUUAUUGUAUAUCCAUGUAAAAUAAGACUUACCUUCACUUUGUUUUGUAGAAAUCACCAACAGAAAAACUUCUCGCCAGUCGGCAGUUAGUGCGUCCACUGAGUCAAACAUCCAAUGCACAGACCACAGAGGCAGACAAAGGACAAACAGUAAACAGAGCACAAGAACUUCACAUCAGGGCCAAGUCACAGAUAAAUAAAGAGAUGAGAAGUGAACUUCUGGGAGAAGGUGAGAAUAAUGCAGCUAACAAUAUUUCACUUCUGAUACAAUGCACUUGUAAGUUGGUUUAUUUGAUAUUUAUUUUUGUUGAUUUUUGUAAGGAUCAUACACAUUACUGGCUCACAUUCCUCGACACAUUACAAAGGUUUUCUUAGCCCAAUAUUUUCACAAAACUAGGGACUUUCAGGGCACCUUAUCAUGGCACAUUCAUUUUGCCUUGUUUUUGGUCAUUUUGUGACAUGAAAUACUUUGGUUUUUUAAAAGUAAAUUGAAUAAUAAAUUUAAUUAAUUUAUUAGUGUUAAAAGUUAACAAGGAACCUUGCUUAUUUUCCAGACAAUAAGAAAGACAAUCAUGGAGUGCGAAACAGGUGACUGAUUAUAUAAUAUUAUUUUCACUAGUUUGGUCCCUUAGUCAUUGUAACAAAUAACUCUUUAUUUUCAAAUCCCUCAUAAUCACUCUGUUUGCUCUCAAUGCAACACUUGGCAUAAACUAUAGUCUUCAAAUGCUCGUGGGAGAACUGUGUAAUUCCAAGGGCUUCUGAGAACAAAAACUUUAUUUAUAUGCAAAGCCUCAAUCGGUGAUAAAAUUGUUGAGACAUUGUACUCAAAUAGGGUAACUUCAGAAAACAAAAGAAUGCACACCCUUCCUCCCUACACAAUUCAAAGUUGGGGUGUUUGUUGUUUUCUGUACGUAGCUUGAACAGCAGCACAACAUUGCAUGGAGGGGAUGGGGGAGGAAAAGCUUUAUUUUCAUCUUUUGAAGUCAGUAAAACCUCAGAAAGCUGAUUUUGUCACCAAUUGUAGGGAGGCAAACAGGGUGUAUUAUGUGGAAACUCCAAAAAUAAAAGUCAGUGGAAAAAAAUCCCUGAUAGCAAGUCAGUAUGACUUUGUAAGUAUGUACUGGUGUCAACUUAAUAUUUUCUGCAUCAUGAAUUGUUGGUUAGUGUUGAACAAUCUGCCUUUUAUAGCCUGUGUUCCAGCUCCUUCCCACACAUUGUCUAAACCCUCAGAGUGUGCUCCAUUUGAAUGAUCCAAAUAAGGAUCAGUGACUUGUGAUCACUCAGAAUAUAGCACAUCAAAGGACCUGAUGAAUCAACCCUGGGAAAGGAUUCAUCAGUUCACUUGACGUACCACUGCAUGGUUUCAAAUCGAGAGGGGCUGGAUAUGAGUCAGUUUAUUAUGGGCUAAACAACAUGAGACCUAUAUAGUCAGAAAGAGUGAAUUAGCAACAUUCUGAAGUUUGGUGUUUAUUGGGCCUAUAUUGAAUGAUAUAAAUAGAUGUACGGACGAUGUGACCGGCAAUCCAUACAUGUACAUCUCUUAUAAAAGUGAUUUUCAAGUUUACCGAUAGCUGUAUCUUGCUUGAUAUUGACCCGAUCGACACCACACUUUCAUAACCUCAAUGUGCUUUUUCUGACCAUGUGGAUCUCAUGUUGUUUAUCUCAUAAUAAACCGACUUGUACCCAGCCCCUCUCGAUUUGAAACUAGGCAAUGGCCGAGUGAUCUCUACCCUGGAUCAUCCCAAAAGGAACUCACCCUUAGUCUAUACAGGCUGUGCAUGUAGUGUCUGCCAUGCAGGCUACUUGUUUUUGACAAUCUUUUUUCUUGAAGAUUAACAGGCAACAAGAAAAGUGAUGCAAAUGAUGAAAGUAUUGACUCAGUUCUACAAUACCAUCAGAACUUACAAGAAAAUAUAGCAGAGGAAAUGAUAAAAAUGGCUCAGCAUAUAAAACAUACAUCUGUCAUGGCCAGCAACAUUAUUAAAGAAGAUAACAAGGUUACUAGGAUGUUUGUCCUUUAAUAACAGUAAAUAACAAAUUAUUGGAUGAGGUCUUUUCCUGACAUCUGAAACAGACUAGGUCAAGUAAAUAUUAUUGGCUGAAGCUGAUAACUCUUACUGAGACUUUGAUUAUUGCGAAUACCGUAUUUCUUUGAAUAAUAGCCGUCCAUCAAUUAAUCGCCUUCCUUGAAUAAUUGUCCCCCCCCCCCCUGAUGGAAAUGUUUAAAAUAAUCGCCUCCCUAUAGGUUACCCAAUAGGGAUAGCCAUUGUGGAACUUGGAGGAUGGAGCUAAAGUGGAGUCUGACUAAGCAAAACUGAUCAGUGAUGAUUCAAGCUCAGACACCUCGGAAAUUCACAGCAAAAAAUCAAUCAAUUAGGAACCAAAUUUGAAACACUUUAAAUGCCAAUGUUCAGUUUAUCUGAUGUGAUCAUUUUUUUAUUUAAUGGGAAAAUAGAACAAAUAUUUGGGGCAUGACUUCUAGUCAGCAAUAUUUGAAAUAGUCACCUCCCUUGAAUUAUCGCCUUCCCUCGAAUAAUCACCCCCUUUUGGUGCAAAAAAAGAAAUAAUCACCCCCAGCUAUUAUUCAAGGAAAUACGGUAUCCAAUGAGAAUUGUUUUAUUAUACACGGUUGUGAAGAAAAUAGUGUUAUGAUAAACACAUUGUCCUUGAAUACCAAGCUUUGUGAACACAAUUUGAAGACUGUCAUAGAUAUGAUCAGCUACCAAGGUGACCCCUGGCCUACUGUUAUAAAUUUAACAGAAUAAAAAUAGAACCAAAUGAAAUCUCUACCUGUUUGAUUCCCUGCAACUUGAAAUCUUAGUGACAACCAUAUAAAUUUGUAUCACUAAGUUUCUUUACUAUUGUAGAGACGAAUUACCCAAAUUUUUUGUGGCAAAACCACUGCCAAGAAUGCAAAAAGUCCACUUUUGGUUGACGUGCAUUAUUCCAAACAAUGUUGUUUAAAAGCUACGGUAACAUGGUUUUUCAGAAUUGUUGAUGUGGACUUAAGUUAAGGCUUUAAAACGGCUCCUAUAAAGGAUAAUGCCUCAGCCCGAAGGCCUUGUUAAAGAUAAUGACCGAGUGCCCGAGGUCAUUAUUUUUAACAAGGCCUUGGGCCAAGGGGUAUUAUUUAAUGUACUUUUCCACUGUUUUAGAACCAGCAAGUCAUAAUUAGGAUCUCUUGUCCCACCAGAGUGACCUGGGCUUUAAUUUACUGAAAAUUAUAAGUAAUGUUUAAAACAAAUAGGAAUGUGCAUUAAUAACAAGGAAGGCGUAUUUACAAAUCGGUCAGUUUAGAAAGGCUCCAUGUAAAUACAACAGAGAUAAACUUUAAAAAAACUUACUGUUCAAUUUUGUGUUUUGUUUUUUAGACCUUGGAGCAGUCAACAAAGCUUGCAGAUUCAAAUUUUGAGAAACUAAAACGAGAAUCAGAAAGACUUGAGGAAUUAACACAGACACCAUGUUCCUGGUGGAUUUGGAUUAUGAUAAUUACAGUCUGUACUGUGUUUAUGUGGAUGAUUAUAUUUAUUAGACUUUUCCCAAAGAAGUGA